UCGCAAGGAAGCUGAACCAGAGAGGGAGUCGACGGUGGGUGAGUGAGUGACUCAGUGAGUUGAAGGAAAACAUGGUAAAGAAACCUUGCUGUGAUAAGAGCGGGCUGAGGCAAGGAACCUGGACGGCGGAGGAAGAUAGAAAGCUAACAGCUUAUGUUACCAGAUAUGGCUGCUGGAAUUGGCGUCAACUCCCCAAGUUUGCAGAUGGUACUGUUUCAGGUCUGGCGAGGUGCGGGAAGAGUUGCAGGCUUCGAUGGAUGAAUUAUUUAAGGCCAAACCUCAAGAGGGGGAACUUCACCAAGGAAGAAGAUGAGACUAUCAUCACUUUACACGAAUCUCUGGGAAACAGGUGGUCAGCCAUUGCUGCCAUGUUACCAGGAAGAACAGACAAUGAAAUAAAGAAUCAUUGGCACACAAAUCUCAAGAAGCACGCUAAACAUAAGCCAUCAACCACGAAAUUACACGACAAAUACACCAACAAUCAAAACCUAAACGAUGAUCAUCUUCAAAUAAACCCCAUAAUUCCGCCAUUGAUCCUCGAAAGCUCACCACCACCACCAUUAUCAACCAAUACCCAAAGCUCCUUCACCACUACAGAUAACUCAGUUGAAUCGACCAAAGCUGACUCUGUUUCUGAUUUUUGGUCCGAACCAUUUCUGUUAGACAUUUUGUCGGACGAUUUGCCGACGAUGGGUGCAUCCGCAGGCUUUGAAUUUGAUCUUCUUGAUGGAGAAAUCUUAUCACCCUUCGGUUUCUACGAUCAUCUUGAACCCUUCAGCUUCUAAUAUCAAGUAUCGUAUAUGGGGAUUUAAUAUGGUCAAAUUAUAGUUUUAAUCCCUUCACUAUGUUUAAAUUUUGUUAAGUGGAGGUUGACUUUUUCUUAAGAGAUCUUCAAAGUGUCUUUCGUUCAAAACCAACAAAUCCAUCAACGGGUCGGUAUUAUCCCCGAGUUAAGAUUUUGUCUAUUGACUCCAUCAAGAGCCCGAGCUGAAGGUUUGAUUUGUUCCAUGCAUCACACACAGCCACCUACCAAGGGGGCUUGCGGGUCGUGCGCUUGAUAGGGUUUGAACCCUUGCCCUUUAUAUGCAAUCUAAGGGCAUUUAUACUACCAAGUGCAGGUGCAGGUGCAGAUGCAUGGCCCAAGUGCUCUUGAUUCGAGAAUCCCACCUCCAUCUUGUGCUAUCAACGGAGUCUGGAGACAAAACCCCGGCCCGACUCGAGGACAAUUCUAACUUGUUGAUUGGUUCAUCAACUUCAGAUGAACAAGACCUUGAAAACUUCUUCGAAAGGAGCCGGUCUCCUCUCAACAAAUUUAUAAUCUAGUCCCUAUAUUUUAAUUUAACAUAAUUUAGUUAUUUAUUUUUAUAAUGUCAUUAGUUAAUUCAAAUAGUUAGUAGCAUUAACCAUUCUGGUUAUUGUCUAUGAUUUUUCUUAAAAACAUCAUUUCCAACACAAAAUAUUCAUGUGAUCAACAUGAUAGGUUGGAAAACUUGUUUUUGAGAUUAACUAAUGACAUUAUAAAGGUAAAAGACUAAAUUCUAUCAGUUAUUAAA